GCCCGCGAGUAUGUCGUCUACAGUGCUGGAGCAGCUGCGUGCAGAACAGGAGGAGAUAGAGGCGUUAGAGCGUGCUAUUGUGGCCACGCUAGGCGACAAACCGCGCAACCAUCGCAGCCGCGUUCUACAUGGCCACAAGGUGAGCAACUUACUGGACGAAGUGACGCAGCACAGUAAGCACGUCAAAGAGCUCUACGAGGACGAAGAUGGUAUUUUCGCCGAGGAGACCGAGAAUAUGCGUGGGAAGGCCGUGUUUACGUCGUUCUACGAGCAGCUCAAGUCCAUCCGCUCGUUCCAUCGCAAGUACCCGAACACAGUCGUCUCUCACGAGCCCAACUUAGACGAGGCGCUGCACCCGAACAUCCAAUUCUCGGGCGAAGAGCGCUUCGGUAAGUAUGUGGACCUGAACGAGUUCUAUACGCGCUUCCUCAACAUCCCCGAGUUGAAAUGGCAAGUCCGUAAAAUCCAAGAAGCACUGAGCUCCAGUGUCAAGACCAGAGGAAGGAAGCCUGCUAGUUCCUCUAUUGACUAUCUGGCGUAUCUAGCGUCGUUCUCGGACUUCUCAGCCAUCCCAGCAGCUCAGAAGACCCCGUCCACACGGUACCAGCAGUAUCUGAAGGACUUGAAGGAGUAUCUUUUGGACUUCUAUCGUCGCACACAGCCUCUUGUGGAUCUCGACGAUGUGAUCGAUGAAACUUCUGUUAAGUUCGAGAAGAAGUGGGCUCUGCGUGAAGUUCCUGGGUGGGCUUUCAGCCCAGAGAACGCUACAGACGACAGUAAAACUCGUGCGCAUUUUUGCAAGUUGUGCGACAAGCAAUUCAGCUCGGAAGGCGUGUACAAGAGCCAUCUGACUGGAAAGAAACACAAGAAGGCAGCAGCGAAGGCAAAGGAGCUGGAAGAGAAGCAAAAGACCAUUGCAUUCGACGAAGUGUUGAUCCGUCGGAUGUAUGAGCUUCUUACUGAAGUUGUGCAGGGAACAAUCUCGUACUUGGAGCUCAAGCAGACACGUACCCACGAGGAGCUACAGGCGGAGAUCGAAGAAGAAGAGGAAGGAGCCUUCUCCGACGUGGACGUGGAGAACGAGAACGAUGAGGCUGAAGACGAAGAAGAACAACUGUACAACCCACUGAACUUGCCUCUAGGGUGGGACGGAAAGCCCAUUCCGUACUGGCUGUACAAGCUUCACGGGCUUGGAGUCGAGUACAAGUGCGAGAUCUGCGGGAACCACAGCUACUGGGGACGACGUGCAUUCGAUCGCCACUUCCAGGAAUGGCGUCAUGCCUUUGGGAUGCGCUGUCUCAAGAUCCCCAACACGAAGCAUUUCCACGAUAUCACACUCAUGCGAGACGCCAUCCAGCUGUAUGAGAAGUUGAAGGGCCAGAUUGAUAUGGAGAGUUGGAAUGCGUCGAAUGAAGAAGAGUUCGAAGACUCGGAAGGCAACGUGCUCAAUAGAAAGACGUACGAGGAUCUGGCUCGUCAAGGCUUGCUGUAAGGCGAGUCAAGCACGUAAGAUUGUCUUGAUCUUCACUUGAGACCAUCAAUAUCAACUC